UCAUAUGCACAGUAAAACAGGCAGUUAUACUAUGCAAUGAAUUAAUUAAGUAGAUUGGAUCAUUACAAAUGGAAAAAAAAUCACAGUGCAACCCCUACAAAUGAUGCAUUCAACAUCCUCCUCCUCCUCUUUGGUGGCAGCACCAGAGCAACCAACACUGGCAGCCUCAUAAAAGGCUCCGCGGUGUGGACAAUUCCACUUUAGUGUCUCACGCCCCCGCCUCCAGCAGGCCAAACAAAGCGGUGUGGUAAUAAAAGACAUUAGUGGUAGCAGUCGCCGCUCAGCUGGACCUGCCAAGAUGGAGCUGUCUUGUGAAUCCGCUUACACCGUGGAUAGAAGACCCAUCAGUUGCAAAUUGCUGGAGCUCCAUGUUCUCUACGUGCCGGAUGAGCAGUGGAACGUCAAGCUGAACAAAGUCCCUGCAGAUGCCACCGAGAGCUUCAUAUCUGCCGGCUUCAUCAGGGUCCAUCCUGACGUCACCCUCAAAGCUCUGAGGACCGAACUGGCAGACUUCCUGGGCUCGGAGCGGAGCGUGGACAAGUUCUCCUUCUUGAAAUGCGUGGGCCGCAGCCUGGCUCUGGUGAAGAGCCAACAGGAGAAGGACGUGAAAGUGAAAACAUUCGCUCCGCCCUACGCCGACCAGCCGGAGCUUUACCUCCUCCCCGCAGCGGAUGACCACAGCAGCCUUUACUCCCACUCCAUCGGCCCAGACACCAGCGGCAGCUCCCCGGACCCCCCGACCUUUUACCCCCGCAAGACGUGGAGCUCGCCAGCAGAGACAAAAGAGUCCGUGAAAUUCCCGCACAUCCCGCAGUCGUCCCAUCAGCUCCCUUCCGCCUACAGCCUGGAGGAGGAGGAGGAGGAUGAAGAGCAGAGCUACAGCUCCUCAGAGGGAGACGAAGGACACCAGGAGAAUGAUGAAGAGGAGGAGGAGGAGGAAGAAGAUGGUCGAUGUGGACUCAGAAAGUCUCGGAACCAAAAGACAAGUCAACCACUUUCACACAACAAAGCGUUGGCUCGGGUGACGGAGGAAGGAAGGCGCAGGAAGAAGAAAGGUUACCAGAAGGUCACCAGGGACGCAGGCGUGGAGGAAGCGCAUUCAGACAGGCUCGGGAAGGCGCGAGACGUUCGUACGUUUCGGUCUCCGAGGAGCAAAGCGGCAAGCGGGGCCCCUGAAAGCCCCAUCGUGUUAUCCCGACCCGUACGCUGCACCUCUCCUCCUCCUGGUCUGGACCUGACCAUGACCACCCAAAAAGCGUCUGCGCCCACCAACAAUGACGUUUUGUCUGUGAGGAGAGGAACUCGUGGAGGAAAUCAGGCUGGUGAAGGAGGAACGCAAGCAGUUGGAGUGGAAAAGACAAGAACUGCUCAGGAAAGGAAAAGACUUGUUGGCCCAGAACCGACACCGCCGCAACCAAGCUGGAAGAAGAAGUAUUUUGAUACCAAGAAGGCCACCGCCCCUUUGGAAGACGCUCUGAAGAGCGUGCGCCAAGAGCUGGAGACGUUUUACAACAAAGUCUUGCACCAGCUGCACGCGAGAGACAACAGAGGCAGGCCACAAAAACAAGGCAGAUGCUCGGAAAAAAAUGAGCUCAUCAUUCAGAUCCUGACAGAGAGCCAUGAGAUUGACAACCUGAAGAGGAAGGUGGAGGACGCCAAGAUGAAGCUGGUGACGGAGAUGAAGCUCAGGAAACAGGCUGCCACUGAGCUCAGGGGACUGAAGGCGGAGCUGGCCCAGAAGAAGAGUCAGUCCUGCCGUCACGGGCCCGCAGCAUCUUUGAGCUUUGGCAGCGCAGCGGCAGAAUAAAAAUCUAAACUCCUCAACAGCUCCAUCUGAAAGUCACAAUGUAAAGAAAAAAACACCAACUGGAUGUCCACGCUCCUGAUACAAAAAAUGCAGCUGCUGCCAUCUUGUGGCGUUCAAAACGACAUUAGGAGGUUGCCUACAGCCACAGCUGUUGAUGUCAACGUACUUGUCUUUUGUUACUAUUACAAUAAAAUGUUGGUGUUCAGACGCUC